GUGAAAUCCGAGAGAGGCGGGACUCUUGAGACCAGGAUGCAGCUGGGAUCUUCUCUCCUGCAGCAGUAAGGGCCAGCUCUUCACAGGACGCACCUGUUGCCACUCUGCAUGAGAAUGCCCAGCUAGACGAAAGGCCAUGAUCUCCACGGACCACGGCUCAAGCCCAACCAUCUUGUGCUGCAUCUCCAGAGACGCCCCCCCGCUCCUGGCUGGUUCUGCUGCUCUGCUGGCUGGCUGGCCUCUGCCCAGGAUUGACGGUCACCAUGGGGGAGUACUACGAAGUGCUGCGCAUUCCCUGUGAUGCCUCGGACGAGGACAUCAAAAAGGCGUACAGGAAGGCGGCGCUGAAAUGGCACCCGGAUAAGAACCCGGGGAAGAAGGAACACGCCGAGCAGAAGUUCAAAGAGAUCGCGGAGGCCUACGAAGUGCUGUCGGACAAGAGCAAGCGCGAUCUCUACGACCGCUACAGCAAGAACGGGCUCACGGGGGCAGGGCCUGGGGGAUCGAGGGCUGAAGAUGGAGCCCGUAGAUUUAUGUUCCACUUUCGCAGUCCCCAUGACAUCUUCAGAGAGUUCUUUGCGGGACAAGAGCCUUUCUAUGGAUCCUCUGGACCCUUCAACUCCAGCAUCAACGCAGGAAAAGACUUCCGCUUCUUCUCUACCUCGACCAAGUUCAUCAAUGGCAAACGCAUCACAACCAAAAGGACUGUGGAGAACGGGCAGGAGCAGGUGGAAAUUGAAGAGGAUGGGGAGCUGAAAUCUGUCCACAUUAAUGAUAUGGUUGUUGACGAGACAAGCAGCAGAGCAGCAGCAGGGAACGAAUCUCAUGCUGGGCCUACCAAGGUGCACUCUGGACAUAAUAAGAUGCAUGCCAGAUACAAGUCAGCUCCUGGAUCUGAGUUACCAGUGGGGAGGCAAGAGUCCCACAUGGAAAAGAAAGAGUCCCAUGCUAGGACCGAGUUGAAUCUUAGCUCCGAGCCGCAGGCUGGGAGGAAUUAGUUGUAUGCUAGGAGAAGAGAGGCCCAGGCUGGGGGAAGGAGGCAUGCCUGCAGGAGCAAGACACCAUGAAGCAGCUGCAGAGUGGAAGGAAUCAGCUUCCAGGUAGGAGCUGGCUCCUGGCUGGAAUGAGCUAGCUGUGGAGAACAGGACUGCUACGGGUGGGAUGCGACUGCUUCUGGAUACAAGUCAGCACCCGUGUGGAACUAAGAAUGGAGUCAGGUGUCCAGUGGAACAAGUCGGCUCCCUGAUGUCACCAGUUGGCCCCAGGACGACACAAGCAGGUUCUCAGGCAGAAGCAAUCUCCGGGUCUUGUCCCUUAAUCCCAGCUACUUCCAGAAUCUCUUUCCCCCAGGCUGGGGAGAACGCUAGGAACAGUGGGAUCUGUUGUGAAGUUUUCCAGAUGGCACUGGCCAGCAGGCGAGGAGCUGUUCAAUACAGAUGGGACCAGAGCUCUCAGUCUCUGUCUCUGUCUCCGUCAUUCUCUGAAGAGUCAGCCAGUGAGCAGCUGCUUCGACAAGGACAGGAGCAGAGCUGUCUCACGGCCAAGGACUGGUCUGGCCUCUAGAGGUCCAGUAUGGUGGGGGCUGUUUGCAGCUCAAGGAUCUUCCAUUGCUGCUAUUCCCAUCGCACACAGGAGGACAUGGCUCCUGCUAGCUACUCACACACAAAGGUGAUGGGGGGCCUAUAAGAGCCCAGAGAGAGCGCUGGCUCCCCCCGUGCUGUCAGGAGGUUACAGCCCCCUGGCUGUUGCGGCUCGGUGCUCUUGGUUUGGCUCUCUUUGAGGGGUGCCCAGGGAAGGGAAAGGGGGGCGCAUUCACAAGGCAGCGGGGGUUAUUUUGGGAAAAGUACAAUUGUGUGAGAACUAGUGUUAGGCAGCUCAGCCCUGAGGCCCUGUAUAGAGUGUGGUAACACCCUCCCCUGCUCCCCACAGAAUGGCUUUAAGUAGCCACAGGCAGGUGGCUUCUGGCCUGGCAGGCUUUGGGGCUAAAGAGGGCACACACCUUGUGCCAAAGGCAGCUAUGACCCCUGAAUGCCAAGUUGGCUGGUGUGAGCAUUGGUGUGGGGACAAUCUCUGAGUUACUCUGCUGGAAACAGUGGGAGAGAUUCCAGAGGACUGGGAAAGGGCAAAUCUAAUGCCCAUCUAUAAAAAGGAAAAUAAGGACAAACCAGGAAAUUACAGACCAGUCAGCUUAACUUCUGAACCGGGAAAGUUAAUGGAGCAAAUCAUUAAGCAAACAAUUUGCAAACCUCUAGAAGAUAAUCAGGUGAUAAGUAACAGUCAGCAUGGAUUUGUCAAAAACAUAUUGUGUCAAAUCAACCUGAUAUCUUGCUUUGGCAGGGUAACCAGCUUUGUGGAUGGGCAGAAAUGGUAGACAUGGUCUAUCUUGACUUUAGUAAGGUUUUUGACACUGUCUCCCAUGACCUUCUCAUAAACAAACUAGGGAAAUGCAACCUAGAUAGAGCUACUAUAAGGUGGGUGCAAAACUGGUUGGAAAACCGUUCCCACAGAGUAGUUAUCAGUGGUUCACAGUCAAGCUUAAAGGGCAUAUCAAGUGAGGUCCCACAGGGAUCAGUUCUGGGUCCAGUUCUGUUCCCUAUCUUCAUCAAUUAUGUAGAUAAUGGCAUACAGAGUACACUGAUAAAGUCUGCGGACAAUACCAAGCUGGGGGGGUUUGCAAAUGCUUUGGAGGAUAGGAUUAAAAUUCAAAAUGAUCUGGACAAACUGGAGAAAUGGUCUGAAAUAAAUAGGAUGAAAUUCAACAAGGACAAAUGCAAAGUACUCCACUUAGGAAGGAACAAUCAGUUGCAUGCAUACAAAAUGGGAAGUGACUGCCUAGGAAGGAGCACUGCGGAAAGGAAUCUGGGGGUGAUAGUGGAUCACAAGCUAAAUAUGAGUCAACAGUGCAAUGCUGUUGUAAAAAAAGCAAAUAUCAUUCUGGGCUGUUUUAGAAGGAGUGUUGUAAGCAAGACCCAAGAAGUAAUUCUUCUGCUCUACUCUGUGCUGAUUAGGCCUCAAGUGGAGUAUUGUGUCCAGUUCUGGGCACCACAUUUCAGGAAAGAUGUGGACAAAUUGGUGAAAGUCCAGAGAAGAGCAACAAAAAUGAUGAAAGGUCUAGAAAACAUGACCUAUGAGGGAAGAUUGAAAACAUUGAAUUUGUUUAGUCUGGAGAUGAGAAGACUGAGGGGAGACGACAUGAUAAUAGUUUCAAGUACAUAAAAGGUUGUUACAAGGAAGAGGGAGAAAAAUUGUUCCUUAACCUCUGAGGACAGG